AUGAAUCCUGACAAACCUAGGACUAUCGAGUCCUUUUUUCUUCCUUCCACCAAAAAACCACGUAAUAAUGAAGGACAAACAGAAUCAAACGUGAUUAUUUCAUCUCCACUAUCAUCAACUGAAUCUGAAAAUCUUAUUUCUCCUGUUUCUGCUUCUUCAUGCUCUGGUGAUCAAACUACAUGUGAUCUUGUUUCUGAUACUUCAUCAUCUUCUCUCACAGCCUUGGUUUCUUUGAAUGAAAGUUUUGAAGCAAAAUCUGCUCCAAAUGAUAUCAGUACAUCAUGUAUUGAUCCUCCUGUUCAACCAAAAUUAACAACUUAUCCGUUGAAUCAUCAAAAACGCUCAUUUCAAUCUAGCUGGUUCAUUGAUAGACAGUGGUUAGAGUAUUCUGUUCAAAAAGACGCAUGCUAUUGUUAUUACUGUCGUCAUUUUUCUGCUAAUAAACUAUUUGCUAGUGAUACUUUUUCCACUUCAGGAUUUAAUAACUGGAAAAAAGCAUUGCUGAAAGAUACUGGUUUGAUAAAACACGCAUUAUCACAAUCACAUAUAAUUGCAACAAAAAAUUAUUUAUCAUCUAAACAACGAGAAGAAACCAAUUCAAGUGUUAUUAAGAAAUUAGAUUCUGGUCGUGCUGUUCAAAUACGUAAAAAAACAUGA